CUUUUUUCCCCUCUUGUUAGCAGUUUAACAGCUGAAAAGCUUCUGUAAACGGUCUGCAAAAUAACGUUGACGACAAGUUAUCAACGACUGAUUGAUAGAUAUUUCCAUGGUCAGCCAUUGAUGCUGCACGAUUGAUUGAUUUCUUGGUCCCAAUGUUGCCAUCCUCAAACUUCAGAUAAACCGUUGUCCACACUGUCCCACACACCCUAACGCAUAACCCCGGGGUUGAACCUGCUUUGCUUGCUUGUCCGCCCCCUUUCCAGUUCAGCCGAUUUUUUUUUUUGUCGACCUUUCGACCACACCCAAAACCCCCAAGACGCGUCCUAAUAAGCUUUUCUAUUUCUCAUUUGCCCGGCUUUGCCUAUUCGACCUCGAUAAUCACUGCUGGGAAUUUCAUCACGACGAAUUCGAAAGCGAUUCGAAUUGGGCUCCCGUCCCUGCCGUUCGUUACACUUCUAAUCGUACCCGGGCUUGGAGCGCACCAUUUUCCCCUUUGACGCCAGCUGGACAUCAGCCUUGGCUGGGGCGCUUGUUCAUACAGCGCUCUUGAUUGGCAUCCAGACGAGGCUACCGACACAACAUUGACACCUGUGUACGGAGACUAGAUGCAGCGAAUUCUCUAGUCGUGAUUCCCGACUGUCUUUCCUACCCAAACCACCACCUAUUGAAACAUUCGAAUCGUAUUUCUGCUGAGAAAGAAAAAGAAAGGGAGCAAAAGUCUAUUGUCGUGAGCCGCCAUGGAUCUCUUCCGGCGAGCCCGACGGCUCGUCCCCAAACAACCUCCUGGGCAGCUGCCUUCGGCCAGCGAGAAGAGUAAUAAACCUCAGGGGCCCAACCGCUUGACCUCGCGCCUGGCCUUCUUCAGGAGGCCGCUUCGGUUACGCGGUAACUCAAGCGUGUCUGUGCCUCUGGGAGUUGUCAUACUAUUCCCAUGCAUAGUUGUCAUCCUCAUUUUGGUGCUUUUUGUUCGCCAUCCCAGCUCGCCAGGCAGGAUAUUGAUGCCGGCUGGCGCACCGCCAGCAAUCAGAAAAAUUAGCGAGAAGCACGACAAGGUCUUCGUCAACGGCUGCCUCGACCCCAAGACUGAGGCCGAUAAGGCUCCUCGCGCCAACGCUGCCUUUGUCGUCCUUGCCCGCAACAAGGAGCUGGAUGGUGUCAUCCAGUCUAUCAAGUCAAUUGAGCGCCACUUCAACCGCUGGUUCCACUACCCUUAUGUCUUCCUCAACAAUGGCGACUUCAAUGAGACCUUCAAGGAGACCGUUCGAAACCACACCUCGGCACCCGUCGAGUUUGGCUUUGUCGGUCCCGACAUGUGGGGAUACCCCGACUGGAUCGACGAGAAGGUUGCAAAGGAGGGAAUUGCCAAGCAAGGCGACGCUGCCGUCAUGUACGGUGGUCUCGAGAGCUACCACUCCAUGUGUCGCUUCUAUUCUGGGUUCUUUUACAAGCACCCUCUUUUGGCGAAAUAUGAGUGGUACUGGCGUUUGGAGCCCGAAAUCAAGUACUUCUGCGACAUUACCUAUGACCCUUUCCUCAAGAUGAUCGAAUCAAACAAGACAUAUGGAUUCACCAUUGCCGUUAAGGAGCUCCGCGAGACGGUCCCCAACAUCUUCCGUUACGCCUCGGCUUACAAGCGCCUCAAGAACAUCACCAGUCAAGGCCUGUGGGAGAUGUUUGUCGAGCCCACUCAGGAGAAGGAGCCUGAGAAGGAGCAGCUUCCCGAGGACGACCCUAACUACAAGCCACCUUUGCCUGAAGAGGUGACACGCAACGACCCGAACCGCAACACACCCAUUGAGAUCGACCCCGAGGCGAUGGAGGGUGAGAAGUACAACAUGUGUCACUUCUGGUCGAAUUUCGAGAUUGCCCGCCUGAGCUGGUUCCGCAGCAAGGAGUACGAGGACUUCUUCCAGAUGAUGGACAGGAGUGGUGGCUUCUGGAUGGAACGGUGGGGUGACGCACCUAUUCACUCGCUCGCCGCGGGCGUUCUUCUCGCGCCGCGCGACAUCCACUACUUCCGCGACUUUGGCUACCGCCAUACCACGAUCCAGCACUGCCCGGCCAACGCGCCGUCGCGGCAGCUGGCUCGUGAGCCAUAUCUGGAGAAGACGACUCUCGACGAGCGCAAGAGGCAGGAGGAGGAUCAGUACUGGGAACAGUUCGACGCCCCCAAGGAGAAUGGCGUUGGUUGCCGAUGCCGCUGUGACACCGAUAUCGUUGAUGUCGAGGGCAAGGACGGCAGCUGCCUGGCCGAGUGGGUCGACGUUGCUGGUGGCUGGGCUAGCCCUUGAUGAUGUUAUGAUGAUCGUAAAGGAGAUGCGAUGUGAAAACAAACUAAAGAAGUUCAAACUGCGCAAAGCCAAGAGAGGAAGAGAAGCGCGAGUUUAAGAAUGCCUCCGACCUCACCUCCCUAGAGCGCAAGGUUUAUGUUGGGUCAUGUAUGCAUAUCCAUGCCUCCCUCGUCUCUUUCAUGCGCGUCACAACGCAGCAAACAAUGCUUGGGCGGGCGCACACCUCGUGUCCUCCUUUAGAGAUAUGUUGGAGAGGUUAUUGUUCUGAGUAAUAGAAGGAUGGGUAACGAAAUUAUUAUACUACUACUACUACUACCAUUUGUUCGUUCGAGAAAAAGACAAAGGAGACUUUGAGCGCAUUGAUUAUUUUUAAUGAAAGUAGAAGAAGCAGAAGAAGAGAGGGAAAGUCGACAAACAGGCAAGCGAAUCGCAUCGGUUCAUUGUUUCUUUUUCAAGGCAGGUUCCUCUUGUUUAAUUCAAGUACAGAGCAUCGGAG